UGAAAAUAUAAUAUAAAACAAAUAACAUUCCCUAUCGCAGAAAUUGCAUUCCAGCAAUCGAUAGUUGAACAGCUGAUGGCGCUGCCUGAUCCAGCAUUCAAUUAUUGUGGUCCGGCAGCACUAGUGCUAUCGCUGCUAUAAACUUAUGGGCAGUAGUGUUGUCUCUCAAUUGGCUCGAAAGUACGCUGCAGUGAUAUUCUUUCCCACUGUUGCAGUCGGCUCCAUCUACGCAGAUUGGUCGCACACCCGCAAGUGGAAGCGCCAGCAACACCAGUUGGCACACAGCGCUCAGCUAAAGAGUCAGAGCUAGAGGAAGCUACUUUGUCUAUAUCACGUUAAGAUGGUGCUCGGCCUGGACAAGCGUGCCCUGUGGGCAAUCGUGCCAUUUUUCGGCUUCGCCCUUGGCCACUUCCUGGACAA